AUGGCUUCGAACCCCCAUCAGAUGGGUCAAUGGCAAAUUGUCUUUGAUGAUGAUGAAGUCAGAAAACCUAGAAGAGGCUCGACGAAGUCCAAUAGCCAGACCAAGCUGACGGUGAAGCACACGGCUGGAGAGAUGGAGAUCAAAGUAGGUGUUGCAAUUGUUCACCAAAAUAACUCCUUGUUGCUCGUCACAGACGUGUUAAUGGGCACUAAAGAUUACCUGGAGGUUUUGGUGGCGCAAUUGGUGAAAGUCUCCGAUAUACCAAAGGACUUGCUGUCCCCGAAGAAGAGAAAGGUCUCUGGAACGUCUUCCAGCUCAGCUUCCCAACAGCCGACAGAGGUGCUAGUGGUUCCCUUGAAGAGACAACUGCUUUUGAAAGAUGUUGUUGACACUGUUCGGGUAGUGUCACGGAGUGAUUUCGAUUUGGUUCCAGCUGAACAGAGAUCCGGUGUUUUUGUGUGCGUUGGAGCCUACGACGGAGAACAGUCCUGCGCAGAGUUCGACUGGACAGAGUAUUAUCCUAAUUUACAAAGUGAUUCUGUGGGUUUUUUUGCAAAGCUGCGUGCACUGCUGUAUGGAAAAGAGGACGACAACGAAGUGCAAGUCAAGACCCCAAAAACGCCACAAACGAGAAGGGGCAGGGCCCCGAAGACUGUUUCCUCCAAGAAGUCUGUAGUUGUCAAAGAAGGUUCAGAAGGAGAACCUGAGAAUGAUAGGGAUAGUGAACAAUUUGAAAGCGGAGCCGACGACCUGGAUUCAGAGUCUGAACCAGAGAAUAUUUCAGGUAGCGAUGACGAUUUUAAAGAGACUAAAGCUCCCGAAAAUCCCACGAAAAGGCGCCCUGGAAGGCCUAAAAAGAUUCAAGCAGACGCCGACAAGUCAGACACCCCAAAACCACGUGGGCGACCAAGGAAAGCCCUCAGCAAAACACCAAGCAAGACUCCAAGCAAAACGCCAAAGCCAGCCACACCAAAACCCACACCCAAAUCUGAAACUCCAAAGCCCCGCGGAAGACCUAGAAGGACUCCAAAGAAGAGUGAGACACCGGAGGAGGAGGAAGCAGAAUCUGAUUCCGAAUCUGAAACUCCGAAGCCUCGGGGACGACCAAGGAACAAAGAGAACGAAUUCUAUCGGGAGCGCGAGAAUAAACAGAGAAUAUCUGAUCUUCUUCAAAAAUCAUUGAAAUUCAAAGAGGAAAUGGCCGUGCCACACUUGCCUCAACAACCACGUAUGUCGAAGCUUGAAAGCACCGAGCAAAUAGAGCCUGUUGGUGAAAAGCAUGAAGUGGAUAAAGUCACAACACUAGAAGGUUUCAUCCAAACUAGGAAACGUUUGCAUACUGGUGCCAAACUUAACGCCUUGCCUUGCAGGGAAGAAGAGUUUGCUACUAUUUAUACCUCACUGGAAGAUGCCAUUCAGUCCCAAACUGGAUGUUGUCUCUACGUGAGUGGAACCCCAGGGACGGGGAAAACAGCCACCGUCAGGGAAGUUGUUAAACAGCUCCAGGAAGAUUUGCAGUUCGACUUUACCGAAAUCAAUGGACUCAAACUGAUUUCUCCGUCGGCUACCUACGAUAGUCUUUGGAAGAUGAUCGAUGGACGCAGAAUCUCUUCGGAAAACGCUGCUUUACUAUUGGAGGAUUGGUUCGUGAAUGGAAAGGCCAAGAGACCACUUGUAGUUCUAAUGGAUGAGCUGGAUCAGGUAUUCACCAAAAACCAAAGUGUUAUGUACAACUUCUUCAACUGGCCAAGUUACGCGAAUUCGAAGCUUAUCGUUAUUGCUAUUGCUAAUACCAUGGAUUUGCCGGAGCGUCUUCUCAGCAACAAGAUCUCCAGUCGCCUGGGAUUGACAAGAGUUCAAUUUCGUGGGUAUAACUUCAAGGAACUCGCCGAAAUUAUCAGGCACAGGCUGAAUAAGCUAAAUAGGGUCCAGAGCGAUAAGAUGGCCAUCAGCAAGGAUGCCAUUGAGUUUGCUGCUAGAAAAGUCGCCAGUGUCAGUGGAGAUGCCAGAAGGGCAUUGAUGAUUUGCAUGCGAGCGGUGGAGAUUGCAGAAUUGGAGUUCAUGGGACUGAGUCCCCUUCAGCAGAAGGAGAAGAAAGGAAUAUACACAGUUCACAUGGAUCACAUCAUGAAAGCGGUCACCGGGUCAACUACGUCUCCCACAUCCAGCUAUCUGAAUACUCUGCCAUUUUUGGGUAAGCUCUUUCUUUACUGCUUGGUAUUGAGAAAGAGAAGGUCUGGUUUGGAAGAGAACUCCAUGGGAGACGUGAUCUACGAGCUGGAGAACCAGUUGAAGGUCAACUAUAUGAAGCGCCUCAAGGAGAGCUUGGAGGCCGAGAAGGUGACAUUUGCAAAGCUGUUCAAUGUCAAUGGUUCCAAUAUUCGUAUUCCCGGGUUCAGCUUUGUGGUCAAGGAUCUCGUGGAGAACGGGAUCAUUAGCCAACAGAAUUUGAGAGGUGAACGUCUGAGGAUGCUGAAGCUGAACGUGGUAGAGGACGAGAUAGUGAACGUUUUCAAGAAGGAUGAGUUGCUACAGGAAAUAAUGGGCGAAUCGAGUUGA